AUGGAAGAGAACGGUGAACCUAUCAAGCGGGAUGUCCGCAACCACAUGCUCUUCGAGGUGGCCACCGAGGUGGCCAACCGUGUCGGUGGUAUCUACUCUGUCCUGAAGUCCAAAGCUCCCGUCACCACAGCAGAGUAUGGUGAAAGGUACACUUUGAUCGGCCCCCUGAACAAGGCUUCGGCCGCCGUCGAGGUCGAGGAACUGACCCCGACCAAUCCCGCCAUGCGGGAUACCAUCCAGUCUAUGAAGGAGCGCGGCAUUGAGAUGAUCUACGGUCGCUGGCUCAUUGAGGGUGCUCCUCGCGUACUCCUGAUCAACACUGGGACCGGUUACAAGUGGCUGGAUGAGUGGAAGGGUGAUCUGUGGACCAAUUCUGCUAUUCCCUCCCCCGCUGCCGAUAACGAGACCAAUGAGGCCAUCGUUUUUGGAUACUUGGUCGCCUGGUUCUUGGGAGAGUAUAUUGCCCAUGACCGUCGCCGGGCGGUCAUUGCCCAUUUCCAUGAAUGGUUGGCCGGUGUAGCUCUGCCCUUGACCAAGAAGCGACACAUGGACCUCACAACUGUCUUCACUACUCACGCAACAUUGCUGGGCCGUUAUCUCUGUGCUGGCUCGGUUGAUUUCUAUAACAACCUCCAGUACUUCGAUGUGGAUGCGGAGGCCGGAAAGCGAGGAAUCUACCACCGCUACUGCAUUGAGCGCGCUGCUACCCAUGCCUGCGAUGUCUUCACGACAGUUUCCCACAUCACUGCGUUUGAGAGCGAGCAUCUGCUCAAGCGUAAGCCCGAUGGUGUCCUGCCUAACGGUCUGAACGUGAAGAAGUUCUCUGCCAUGCACGAGUUCCAGAACCUGCACUCCCAGGCCAAGGAGAAGAUCAACGAUUUCGUCCGUGGUCACUUCUACGGUCACAAUGACUUUGACCUGGAUAACACUCUCUACCUCUUCACUGCCGGCCGAUACGAAUUCCGCAACAAGGGUGUCGAUAUGUUCAUUGAAUCGCUGGCCCGUCUCAACCACCGACUGAAGGCAGCCGGGUCGACCAUGACCGUGGUGGCUUUCAUUAUUAUGCCCGCGCAGACCUCUUCGCUGACCGUAGAGUCGCUGAAGGGCCAAGCCGUCGUCAAGUCCCUCCGCGACACCAUCGAGAACAUCGAGAAGGGCAUCGGCAAGCGCAUGUAUGAGCGCUGCCUUUCCUGGAAGGAAGGCGACAACAUGCCCGACGAGAAGGAUCUCAUCACCAGCCAAGACCGCGUGAUGCUCCGCCGUCGUCUCUUCGGCAUGAAGCGCCACGGUCUCCCCCCAAUUGUCACCCACAACAUGCACAAUGAUCAUGAGGAUCCCAUCCUGAACCAGAUCCGCCGCGUGCAGCUGUUCAACCACUCAUCUGACCGAGUCAAGGUCGUCUUCCAUCCCGAGUUCCUCAACUCUGCCAAUCCAGUCCUGCCCCUCGACUACGAUGACUUCGUCCGCGGAACCCACUUGGGUGUCUUCCCAUCCUAUUACGAGCCCUGGGGAUACACCCCGGCAGAAUGUACGGUGAUGGGAGUUCCCAGCAUCACGACCAACCUCUCCGGAUUCGGCUGCUACAUGGAAGAAUUGAUUGAGAACUCCUCCGACUACGGAAUCUACAUCGUCGACCGUCGCUCCAAGGGCGUGGACGACUCGGUCAACCAACUGACCGAUUACAUGUUCAACUUCACAGAGAAGAGUCGUCGACAGCGCAUCAACCAGCGUAACCGCACAGAACGACUGAGCGAUCUUCUGGACUGGAAGCGAAUGGGAUUGGAAUACGUCAAGGCGCGCCAGCUGGCGUUGAGGAGAGCUUACCCAUCCUCCUUCGAAGGCCAAGAAGAUUACUUCGAUAUCAUUGGAGGAACGGAACAGAAGAUCUCCCGCCCGCUUUCUGUUCCCGGUUCCCCUCGGGAUCGAACCGGAAUGAUGACCCCCGGCGACUUUGCCUCCCUGCAGGAGGGUCAUGAGGGGUUAAGCACGGAGGAUUAUAUUGCCUGGAAGUUGCCUGAAGAGGAAGAGCCCGAAGAACACUUCCCGCUCACACUGCGAACUCGCAAGGAAGCCCGGGCUGCCUCAGAGUUGGAUAGCAUAUCCAUCAAUGGCAGCCGUAACCAGAGUCGUAGCCAGAGCCCGAAAUAG